CAGGAACUGCGGAACUAAGAGCAUAUUCGCGGGCCUGCGCACCAUUUUCCAUCCAUCCGCGAUUGACGCAAUUAGCGGAGGACGCGUACGGGAGCCUCCCGGCGGUUCGGGCGUUUCCGAGUCGCGGAAGAUGGAAGAUUGGCCGUCUGCUUCCGUCCUUGAGAUGACCUCCGUCAUUCAAGAGUCAAUCACGCGUAGCGCUACCUUUCGCUUGACUUGACUUUUGAACCCAAUAAAGGAAAAUAUUAGUUGUCUUUACAGAUCCAAAAUGAAAAUUCACUGGCCGAAACCAAAACUCAUUCGCUGCCGUCGACGUUUAUAUUCGUCAACCGGAUUCCGACGACGUAUAUCGUUGGUCAAUUUCAACUGUUCGGUGCGGAAGAGGGUCUCGCCCGUCUUGUCUGCGAAUGCCGAGUUUGCGAACCGCUGUCACGACCGGCAGAUCCCUGUAGGUGGCGGCGUCGCGGCGCUUUGGAUUUGAAAUCGGCACACAAAGAUUCGGGAAGGAAUCUCGGCUCGUCGCAUUGAUUUUGCGGGAGAGAAACGGCAACGCGUUGGAAGUCGGACAAGUUCAAGACUUCCACCCGUAAGUCUGUGACAGCAGCAGACGUGAGGGAACACAAACAGCAGUGAAUUGCCCGCGGGUGGUCAUGAGACCUCGACUUGGUCCAGACCUGGAACGCGGUCCGAGCCCAACUAUUCUGUAAUCUUGUGAUAUUUUUUCAGUGUGGACUUUAUUAUUAUUGGCAUAAUCAUGUAUUUGAAUGCAUGCGCACAUAUCGGACAAUUUCGGCUGGUCCUUGUGUGCGCACACGUGAGAGAGAGAGAGAGAGAGAGAGAGGGAGGAGGCGUGGCCAUGACGGCAGCGCGAGAGAGGAGGCGUGGCCACGAAGGCAGCGGGAGAGAGAGGAGGCGUGGCCACGAAGGCAGCAGACAUUCAAGCCGCCGCUUGCGUCAGCGGUCAAGUGCAGGCGGUUCAUUCAACGGCUCUCCCAACGUCGCAUUGACGCUCGCAAAUGAUUUUGUCGUGACUAUUUGAAAGUGUCGGGCCGACAGACGACGACGACGACGACGAGUUGCGUUUAAAGCACUUUUUGGCACACUCACUGAAGCCGACCGCGCGUAAAAGUUGUGUGAAAUGUCUCCCAGCAACAAAGAUGAAAUACUUUGUAGUCCGAGGUAGCACUUUGACUUUCCUCGUCCGGGCGUCGUCAUGGACCCGAGGCGGCUGCUCGCGGCCAUCGGGACCGCUUGGCUCUGCUCGCUGCUCUUCUAUCCGGCGGGUACGUGAACGCACCAUCUUCUCAUCUCCUGCGCCGCUCUUUGCUGUUAUUUCGUUACUGUGGUGGAAAUUGGCCUCUCUUUAAUUAAUGCACUUGAAUAUGGAUAUUUAAUCAAUGGGAAUCUUUCUGCGGGAACGUAAAAGAAAUACAAAUGAACACAGUGUCAGUCAGUGUUUUAGUUUUUCGACGAGCAAGAAACACGAGACGCCUCGCCUCCGGGUGUUCCCGUGGUGGCGCUCCUAUAAAUGUCCCUCAUGUCCGGGGACUUGUUUGCGUUCAACUUCUUCGGAUGUACUAAUAGCGUCGGGCUUUACGUUUUCUCAGAUUCUCGUCCGCAUUUCAGCGACUUUCAUACUCGGCAAAUAAAGAUGAUUCUGAUUCCGAUUCCGAUUCCGAUUCCGAUUCCGCGUUUGCCGGAUUGGGGCCGUUUGCACAUUUCCGUCCGGUUGCCAAGGCCUGGACGAUUUCCCCAGAUCGCUCUUUCUCCAUGUUAGCGAUCAUAACGUCCCGUCCCGACGCUCUUCCGAAGCGCGGCCCCGUGUAGCGGCGACCCGGUUCUGAAUCCGCGCCUUCCUUUGCCGUCAGCGGUGUGUGGCGAUAAGACGCACUCUCACGCCGAGGACGAGCUCUUCGAGACGCUGUUCGCCGGCUACAACAAGUGGUCCAGACCCGUGCCCAACAUCUCCGACGUGGUCAUCGUCAAGUUCGGACUGGCCAUCGCGCAGCUCAUCGACGUGGGGUACCUAAUGUUUUGGCCUUCCCGUCUGCUAGGACGAGAAGAACCAAAUGAUGACGACCAAUGUGUGGCUCAAACAGGAGUGGAACGACUACAAGCUUCGCUGGAGGCCGUCGGAUUACGACAACGUGACGUCCAUCAGAGUUCCCUCGCAACUCAUUUGGGUCCCGGACAUCGUCUUGUACAAUAAUGCGGACGGCGAGUUCGCGGUGACCCACAUGACCAAGGCGCACCUGUUCCACACGGGCGCGGUGCGCUGGGUGCCGCCGGCCAUCUACAAGAGCUCGUGCAGCAUCGACGUCACCUUCUUCCCCUUCGACCAGCAAAACUGCAAGAUGAAGUUCGGCUCGUGGACCUACGACAAGGCCAAGAUCGACCUGGAGCGCCUGGAGACCUCGGUGGACCUCAACAACUACUGGGAGAGCGGCGAGUGGGCCAUCGUCAACGCCGUGGGCACCUACAACACCAAGAAGUACGACUGCUGCCGCGAGAUCUACCCGGACAUCACCUACUUCUUCAUCAUCCGCCGCCUGCCGCUCUUCUACACCAUCAACCUGAUCGUGCCCUGCCUGCUCAUCUCCUGCCUCACCGUGCUGGUCUUCUACCUGCCGUCCGACUGCGGCGAGAAGAUCACGCUGUGCAUCUCCGUGCUGCUCUCGCUCACCGUCUUCCUGCUGCUCAUCACCGAGAUCAUCCCGUCCACCUCGCUGGUCAUCCCGCUCAUCGGCGAGUACCUGCUCUUCACCAUGAUCUUCGUCACGCUCUCCAUCGUCAUCACCGUCUUCGUGCUCAACGUGCACCACCGCUCGCCCAACACGCACAAGAUGCCGCGCUGGGUGCGCGCCAUCUUCCUGGAUCUGGUGCCCAGGUGGUUGUUCAUGAGGAGGCCGGCGCCCAGCGCCAGGCGCCGCCGGUCGCUGGACGAGAGGCGGCGGCGGCGGCGGCGUGGUCGGGCGGCGACGACGGCGGGCGUCAGCACCUCGGCCAGCUGGGGCAAAGACGCUCCCUCGCCGUCCCUGGAGGAUCUGGAGCUCGGGACGCUCACGUCCUAUUUCUCCUUCCGCCCGCCGUCGCCGCCGCCGCCGCCGCCGCCCCCGCAGGACGUCGGGCGGCUGUCCGGAAGACGGGCCGGGAGCGCCUGCGGCCGAGUCUCCGCGUGGGACUUCCCGCUCUCGCCGGGCGUCGCGCACGCCCUGGAAGGAGUGCGCUACAUCGCCGACCACCUGAGGGCGGAGGACGCCGACUUCAGCGUGAAAGAAGACUGGAAGUACGUCGCCAUGGUGAUCGACCGCAUCUUCCUGUGGAUGUUCAUCAUCGUGUGCCUGCUGGGCACCGUCGGCCUCUUCCUGCCGCCUUGGCUCGCUGGCAUGAUUUAGAGGGCCCCGCCCACGACGGCGCCCCUUUUAGAUUUCAAACCCUCCAAUUAGCCGAACUGCGCUCAUGCUGACAUUAGCAUUGCUAGCAUUCCGCACCCGUCCGCGUCAACACGACCCGCGUACAAUAACGAAGGGCCGAUUUAUCAUCAUUUCUUGCAAGAUGACCACUGGGAACUUGGCUUCUUUUCUAUUAAUGACUGAACAAGUGUAUUUAUUAUUUGGGUCUCAGGUUAGGGUGGGUUUUGGCAAAAUGGCUGUACAUUUUUCUACAAUACUUGCAGUCAUUCAAUGAUUCCAAGUGACUAUUCUACAAAUCUCUUAAGUGGAAAAUGCUCAAAGAAAACAAAAAAAAACUACUGGACUGGAUCCAAAUGGGGACCAGAAGAGAAAGUUGUGGUCAUAUUGCACUUUUGUUUGUUGGAGUUUUUUUUUGGAAAGAAUCAUUAAGAGUUAUUGUCCGUUUGAUUUGGAGCAACAGGAACAGGUUUGUUAAUAGUCCAGUUUUGUACAAUAGUUGAGCCUUAUUCAACUUCAUAAGUUACACAGAGCAAAAAGAUCUUUAAAACAUCGAUCUUCCUGUUUUCGUGCCGUCAGGUCACUUUUACAUUGAUUUCAUUUUCCAUAGAGAUGAAUUAGGAAAAUAAAUUCUCGGGUUAUUUGAUUUUC